GUUUCUUGCGUUGUGUCGCUGAAAACCCGAGGCUGUGCGCUGCGGAUCCGCUGUUCUACGAUCACCAAACGCGGCCACGAGCGUUAGCCUUCAAACCGGAUUUCAUAGGGUUUUCUGUGUUGUUCGCCCGCCCUUUGAACGUCAGUAGAAAACGAACCCGCAGUCACGUGUAGAUGACCUGUCUCCAGAUGUGUGUAACGUAUGAAGAGCCAGAUCGCUUCCUGGACGCAGGGACUCUUGAACAAACAUUCGGAGGAUAAAGUAUACUUUGAUCGGCCCGAGUGGCACCCCUAACUGUAGCAUACCUCCAAUUUUCAGACUGCCUCGAAAACCCGCCUCGUGGCGAUCGCCAGUGAGCGAGUCCAACCAUUCCAGACACCACGCUUGCGUACGGCGCGAGGGGUGGUGUACACACACCCUCGACUUCAUCUCAAGCUCGAUUCCUCCACAACCAAGAGACUGCCAAGGUUUUCAGAAAGGCUCGUACCGGUCUACCCCUUCUGCACGUAACCCUGACGCGACUGUACCCUCCCCGCGGCGAGAAAAUCGCAGCUCUUCCUAGCGAUACCCUCGUGUCGCGAUGGACACUGAAUCAUCACGGACUAUUGAAGGUGAAGCGUGAACGAAUGUUGACUCAAAACGACCGCUGGUGGGGUUCAUAAGCAUUGGAGUCCUUCCGAAAACAAACAUGGGCCGAGAGCCGUACAGCUACGACCUCGUGAGAAGCGUGGCUCAGCGGAAACUCUCCUCCCUUUCUCUCUCUCUCUCUCUCUCUCUCUCUCUCUCUCUCUCUCUCUCCCUCUCUUUCGUGUUUGCACUCUAGCUCGACCGCCGUUCUUGACUUAAAUCUGUUGUGCUCAACAGUCUGCAGCUCAAGCUCGCACUGCGUUCCCUGUUUUGCGGAGCUGUAGACAAGGUCCAACUCUUGUAGAUGCAACACCUCGGCAUAGGCGUGGGCCGCUUUUCUCCCGAAGCUCGUCAUAAAAUACGGUGUUUGGAGAGAGUGGUCGACGUGGCCCUCAUCUAGUAGAUAUUUUCUCGACAUUGAGAGAGAGGGAAAACCGUUGGGGUACCACUCAGAACCCUCCCAGGUAGGGUUGGUUUACAUAUGGGACUCUCGAUUCGAUUGUGUCCAUACAUACACUGACCGGUCAGUUCAUUUCGGUUGGUAUAGAGGUUAAACUCGCAACAUAUUUAGUACCUGGUUGAGGGUCCGAUUUUUUCUGUGGAGGGUUUCUUUGCCUGCACUUUGCAGCAGAAAUCGGAAAAUUCUGUGAGCUUAGACUAUGAACAGUUCGACGUUACGGUCGACGUCGGGAAGGGGCGGAGGGAUCCUUUUAAGCGUUAUCACUAAGGCAAGUACGGCAGAAGGAAAGGUGGAGCAAAAAAAGACAAAAAGUUCCUGUGUGGCUUUCCUCUGUGUGACCCCGGCUGGCUGGGACGUCAAACAUAUAAAUCGAAAUGAACGUGAACUGGCGCCACAUUUUGUGGGGCAAACAUCCAUACACACAAAUUCGACAAGCUGUCACAAGAGAAUAUUUUGUGGCCAGCCUGGGUCGGCGGUGAAGGGGUGUGUUUUCCAGCGUUUGUUGGAAACCUUCGUUACAGCAGUGUAGUUUUUUUAAUACGAGCGCUUCGCUAAUAAAUGGAAACGGAAACGCUGUCUGCACAGUGCAGUGGACAUGGAUCGUUGGGCAACAUUCAUACAUCUCGGUGCAUGGCGGCUUACGAAACCGACCAUACAACCGAACCGGAAGGAAUCCCUGUGAGAGGAUAGUCGCAGAACAUCAAACAAAGUCUGGACCUGCAGUCUGUGGCUUCGUGUUUCCAUGAAGGCUUGCGGCACAAGUUCGUACGGUUUUUCAUUUGCUACCUUCUUUAGCACAGCCGUUCACAGCACCGUGUCAGUUGUUAUGCAGUACCACGAGGAAACAUUUCCGUGUGCCCACUGGGCAUGUUGUUCACAGUCUUCUCCUUGUCCCUCCGUGCCUUAGCUGGUUUCAGACGGUGUGCAUUCACAUGUGUGCCCUCUUGGUUAUUGCCCCUGUUCCAGAUGAGCUCGUCCUUCAAAUUCCAGGGAAUGCCAGAAACCGAGACCGUGAAAGUGACGCUAGAGCAAUGGUCACGCUCGACACGUCCAGAAUGAUCGCCCCAUCCUCACCAGACCCACCAGCUUCGAGGGAACGUUCGCCUCCCGGUCCUUCACCCAGCGACUGUGGGGGUUGCUGGGGCUCACCACCUAU